GUUGUUAAAAAUGUCAGGCCAUCAGGUGAUUCAAUUUCCCAAGUUUUCACGGCCCCUUCGUCUUCUUCGUGAAUUGUUUUGAAAGUUGCAGCCAUUAACAUGGACACGAGACCCCUUAGACCAAUCAAGUCUUCAACUCCCCUUCGAAACCCAUGAUCUCAUCAACAAAAAAAUGCGAGUUGGCGACCGGAUUAUCUAUGUAGCGGUGGUCUCUGUUAAUACUCAGGUUUGUUAUCUUUACUCUCUGUUGGAGCGGUGGAUCGAAGAAGACCAGCAGAAGUCUUUCUUGCCCUCUCUUUUCCCAUCGAACCCUUUGUUACCCUUUCCGCCAGCCAUAGUUACAAUAGGGACCAAGAGCAAGAAAUUAAAUUGACGGAAUCACACCUUUUGAGACUACGUUCUUCGCCCUAGAAGUUGAUCAACAGAGUCACACCUAUUCAUCAAGAGUGUCUUGCCCUAGAAGUUGAUUAGCUGUCGUUGCUCUGUUUUGAAGUUCUGGGUUUUGGAGGAAUUUUUCCAAUCGCCUUGUAGAGCGAUGGUCGAUUGAAUUCCCCCUUCCUUGAAUUCCUCAUUCUUCUCUGGUGGAAGGGGCAAUUCCUUGUUCUUCUCCUCCUUCGUUUUCUUUGCAUUGAAGCUUCUGUUCACGAGUAAGCUGGAGAGAGUUUCAUCAACAAGGGCAAUGCCUUUGUAGUCCACGGAGGCAGCGAGGGUCUUUAUUCCUCUGUUUCUAAUCUAACCGAGAAUGUAAACUUCGCAAAUGGAGAUUCUUUUAUACGGAGGCGAGAGGCGAGAAGGAGGUGAGAAGGAGAAGAGAGGCGAGAAGGAGGCGAGAGGCGAGAAGCUCUGCUCGGUACAAAUUUUCUUGUCUACCAUCUUCGAUCUACCAUCUUCAAGAGUAAACAGGGUUCAUAUUUGGAGUUCCUAAAGGAGUUUUCGAGGGUAUACGGAGAUUGAGAGGUUUUCAGCCAUUUGAGUGAGAAAAUGUCAACUUCAAAACAAGCAGUUAAUGAGACUGCAAAAUGGAGCCAAGCAAAUGUAGACACCCUUAUUGUUCUGAUGGUAGAGGAAGUUAAGAAAGGAAAUAGGACUACUUCGACUUUUAAUAAAGCUGGUUGGAACAACAUUGCCAAUAACUUCAAAGAAAAAACUGGGGUCAACUAUGCCAUUAUACAGUUGAAGAACAAAGUGAACAAACUGAGGCAGGAUUAUAGUCAGUUUAAGAAGCUAUUGGAGACAACUGGUUUUGGUUGGGAUACUGCUUCAAGAACUCGUACUGUUGAUGAUGAAUCCAUCUGGGAAUCGCAUAUUAAGGAUAACCCUACUUGGGCACGAUUUAAGAAGCAUGGACUACCACAAUGGCCAGAACUAUGUAUGGUAUUUGGUGAUACAUAUGCAGAUGGCGAAGGAAGUGGGACUCAAACAACCAUGUUGGAAACUUUGGCGGCCGAUGAUGAUAGGAAUAUGAUUGAAUCUUGUGAUGAGUCAAGUUCCGCUGAUGAAGUUACUCCAUUAGGUGACACUCAAACUGAAGCAGUGGAAAAAAGGCCAGCUACUAAGCAUAGGCAUGAUAGGACUCCAAAUGCGAAAAGGAGGAGGAGUAAGUCUAAUGAUUGGUCAAUGGCAUUCAAGGCAAUUCAAGAUAUGAGUAAAUCAAGGGUAGAACAGGAUGCGAGCAUGUCCACUGCUUCAACCCAAAAUGUGGAAUAGAUGUACGGGAUUACUAGGGCCAUGGAGGUGCUUGAGUCAGGAUAUGAGUUAGAUGAAGCACUAUACGAGAAAGCACUUCGGAAGUUAAUGGCUGACCCGCAAUGGAGAGAAGCAUUAAUUUCAUGCCCUCCUCAUCGGAAGUCAAUACUCCUUCGUACCCUUCAGUAGUUUACUUCUUGAAAAGUUCUUUUAAUUAGAUAGAUUGAUAACUCUACUUGGAUUGUGCCUUGACCCUACUUUUAACUUUGGUGGUUUGCUAUGUUUUUCUUCACUUUUUAAGAUGUUAUGGAUGACUGUGUCUUGACUUUUUUUUAUAACUGUAGUAUUUGAUGUCCUGAAUAUUUGUUCA